UAUUACAAGUUGGAACGAAUGACUGGUUGAAACUGAUGAUUAAAUAUGUGUUGCGUGUCGGUUACUUAUCGUUUGUCAUUCGCACGUUGAUGUUUAUAAAAUAAAUAAAGUAAAAAAAAGUAGACAUAUCUUGUAUCUGCAAAUAAAGCAGUCAGAUUUUUUUUUUUUUUUUGGUAAAUCAUUCCAUAUUUUGCGCAAAGUAGCUGAAUAGAUAUUUCCUGUUUGAAAGCUUGAGUGCAAGUGCCGCAUUUUGUUUCUUAUGUGAACUUGGUAUAAAAAUAAAAUUGAAAAUAUCCCAAAUUCUUGAUCCAAUGACAACAGAGGGCUGACGUGUCGUUUUAUUCUGCAUUUAUUUUAUUUUGAAAUUUUCUUUGGCCGAUUCCGGAUCAAUUGAACUGUAUAUAAUUUUCCAAUACAAUGAGCUUGAGGCGUCGUCGAGAUUCAGAGGGUAAAGAUGAAUUCCCUUUACCACCUACAGAAGGUCGAGAGAGUGUAGAGCACGAAAAGACUGACAUUCGUGGAGAUAAGGCAAAUAUUGCCUUAUUGCUUUUCUUGUAUAUUCUCCAAGGAAUUCCAAUUGGAUUGAUUGCGGCUGUUCCCAUGUUGCUGCAGAAUCGUGGAGCGAGCUAUCGGGAGCAAGCUGAAUUCUCGAUUACUUUGUGGCCCUUUAGUCUGAAAUUGUUGUGGGCACCCAUCGUCGAUUCAUGUUACAUACGAAGCUUCGGACGCCGCAAGUCGUGGCUUGUGCCGAGCCAAUAUAUGAUUGGAAUUUUCAUGCUAUUUUUGUCUAUGCAUGUGGAACAAUGGCUGGGUGGAAAUGGACAAGAACCUAAUGUACCAUUAUUAACACUAGUCUUCUUCCUAUUGAAUUUCUUAGCUGCCACUCAAGAUAUUGCCGUCGACGGCUGGGCCCUUACGAUGCUGAAAAGCUGCAACGUAAGUUAUGCUUCUACAUGUAACAGUGUUGGCCAGACAGCUGGCUAUUUUUUUGGCUAUGUGACGUUUAUAGCGUUCGAAUCAAAGGAUUUUUGUAAUAAAUAUUUGCGGUCAGUACCGAAAGAUCACGGUAUGAUCACAUUGCCUGAGUUUCUAUGGUUUUGCGGCUGGUGCUUUCUUCUUGCUACCACCUUAGUUGCAAUUUUUAAAAAAGAGCACGACUCAGCUGUGGGAAACUCAGAGGUACGACGACGUUCGGAUAUAUAUGAACUCAAUUUGUACGAAAGUUAUAAAAUUUUAAUUAGUAUGAUACGAAUGCGACCAAUACAAAUAUUGGCGAUUAUUUUGCUCACUGCAAAAGUAACUUUCUCUGCCGCUGAUGCAGUAACUCAAUUGAAACUAAUUGACGCCGGUGUGCCAAAGGAAAAACUAGCACUGCUUGUGGUUCCUGUUAUACCACUUCAGAUAAUAUUACCUUUAAUUGUAAGCCGUUAUACUAACGGCCCUCGACCCAUGGAUGUAUAUGUCAGUGCUAUACCUUAUCGUAUAGUUUUCGCGUCAAUGGCUACUCUUAUCGCUUACUUCACACCCUAUAUGAUAUCCGGCGGUUAUGUGCCCUUCUAUUACUAUGUCUUGCUAGUGGUGAACUAUGCAUUUUAUCAAAUCUUCUUAUACUGUAUGUUUGUGGCAGUUAUGGCAUUUUUUGCUACGAUAUCGGAUCCUGCCGUAGGUGGCACGUACAUGACUUUCUUAAAUACACUCUCCAAUUUAGGAGGCAAUUGGGCCAACACUGCCAUAUUAUGGCUUGUUGACGUGCUUACGUGGACGGAAUGCGUUCAUAAAAAUCCAGCAUUGGUAAUGGAUAACAAUUGCUCGAGUAAAAAGCAGAAGGAGGAAUGUAGUUUGGCCGGUGGCGAGUGUAAAAUCGUCUUUGAUGGCUAUUAUAUCGAGUCCGUCGUUUGCAUUGUAUAUGGCGUACUAUGGAUGAUUUUCGCUCGGAAAUGGGUUGCUUAUUUGCAGAACUUACCGAAAAGGGAUUGGUUAGUGGCGAAAUCACCACAGAAAAGCAGUUUCACUACAAAAAUCAGGUAGCAAUUAACCGUUUAAUUGAAGUCGAUGCACAAGUGAGGCUAAACCAUUUCCUCCAAACGCAAAUAAUGAUGCUUUCCUUAAUUUGUUUGUUUAAUAUAUAAGUUUGGUUUACUUUUAUUUUUAGUCUUAGCUUUUAUUCGAAUAUUAAUGAAUGGAAGAAUAAAAGAAUUACUUAUUACAAUCGCA